AGUGUAACAUCCCCUUACACCUACCUAUCAUUGGAUGGGGAACAUGAUUAAUUCCUUCUUGAAAGUAAACCUCCCACAAUUCACAGUCAUUCACAGCUAAGUUAUGAGGACCUAUGAUCAGCUAUCAAGUGUCUGAAUGGCUAAUAGGCAGUAAAUGAAGCAAUGGCAACAUUCAUUGAAGAAAAAGGUUCUCAGUUUCUUUCCAGAUAUACCAAUGUUUUAACUGACUACAAUCUUGAAAAGAAUUUAUUUCCUUCCUUGAAGCCCGAAGAUAUAGUUGAAAUAUAUGGGGAAUCAGGAGCAGGGAAAACCGAGCUUCUCUACCACUUUAUAGCUCGUUGCAUUUUACCGGAUAACUGGAAAGGUUUGAUGUUAGAUGGUCUAAACUUAAGAGUCAUCUUUAUUGAUAAUGAUUGUCGCUUUGAUUUACUAAGGCUGAUAACUAUACUUGAAACACGAAUAAAACUUAUGCGUCAAUCAACUUGCAUCAAAUCUGAAGAAAUGUCUGUUUUCAUAAAUGAACGCUUAAGGUGUCUGGAAAUUAUCAAAUGUUUCAACAGCGAGCAGUUCUUGGUGACUCUGCAUUCUUUAGAAACUUUGCUAUCUUUGGAGAAUUAUAAGACUGUUUUAAUGGUUGAUGGAAUGACAUCAUUUUAUUGGAGUGACAAAAUGAAAUAUGUGAAUCACCAUCAAAAUUUACUGAAAUUUUAUACUCAAAUAGCCACUGUACUCAAAAAGAUGUCUCAAAAUUGUAAAAUCCCAGUUUUUGCUACAAGGAGAAAAAUUAUAAACAAUGAAACAAGUGAUAAAAAAAUUCUUGGACAGACAUGGAGAAAUUCAGUUAAGUGGCAACUAGAGUUGACUUUUAAUGGCUCUAAACCUGAUAAAACUGUUGUUUCUUUAACUAAUGUCAAUAUGUCAUCCACCUGCUUAUGUGCAAUAGGCAAAAAUGGUUUUGUAGUUCAUGUAUAAAAAGUUUUUAUUUUUUU